AUGCUAAACACUCCCAAGACGUUUCUUUUGUUCAAGCUGGUUGUUCACUCUCAUCAUGCGAUUCCUCAAACGUUUGAACCUGAAGGUUUGUCUUCUCAUUUGCAUCGUCUGUGUUGCGGCACAACUACUUGUUUAUCACCGAUAUGGGCCAUCAGCCUAGUAUCAAAUUCAUUUUCCCAGUGGUCAAGAACCUUAUCUGGAAAAUUGUUCACGACUCAGACAACCAGGGGCUUUGGGGACAUGGGUGCACCUGUUCAAAUCCCAGCUGCACUCCAAGGCGAGUCACAAGCCUCUUUUACCAAGCACCAGUUUAAUUUGGUUGCUAGUAACCUAAUUGGCUUAAGUAGAGCAUUACCGGAUUACCGCAAUGAGAGGUGCGUCAAUAUUACGCUAUCCGAUCGUCUUGCUGCUUUGAAAACGAGCGUUAUUAUCGUCUUUCACAAUGAGGCCUGGUCCACUCUCCUGAGGACAGUAAACUCGGUAAUCGAGCGAACUCCGCGUCCUCUAUUGCAUGAGAUCAUCUUAGUUGAUGACGCGAGCACUGAAAGUAAGUGUCUCACUAGAGUAUCUGGCAAAUUGGCACUCGAUCUUGCCUACCAUUACCUCCGUGUUAGAUCAACGUAG